GUCUGACUCGUCUGUAUGAGCCAAUUAAAGUCUAUAUUAAGCAGAGCAGGAGCCCUUCUACUCGGAUCUACCCUCUCCGCGUCUGCUCUAAACGCGCCGUAUCUAUCCUCCUCCUCCUCCGCCAUGGAAACUCACAAAACCAAGGUCUGCAUCGUCGGAAGCGGCCCCGCGGCGCACACGGCGGCGAUCUACGCGUCCAGAGCCGAGCUCAAGCCCCUCCUCUUCGAGGGAUGGAUGGCCAACGACAUCGCUCCGGGCGGUCAGCUGACCACCACCACCGACGUCGAGAACUUCCCCGGCUUCCCGGAAGGCAUCCUCGGCAUCGACAUCGUCGACAAGUUCCGCAAGCAGUCUGAGCGCUUCGGCACCCAGAUCUUCACCGAGACCGUCACCAAGGUCGACCUCUCCUCCAAGCCCUUCAAGCUCUUCACCGACUCCAGAACCGUCCUCGCCGACGCCGUCAUCAUCUCCACCGGAGCCGUCGCGAAACGGCUGAGCUUCGCCGGAUCCGGCGAAGGCGCCGGCGGUUUCUGGAACCGAGGGAUCUCGGCCUGCGCCGUCUGCGACGGCGCGGCUCCGAUCUUCAGGAACAAGCCUCUGGCGGUUAUCGGCGGCGGGGACUCGGCGAUGGAGGAGGCGAAUUUCUUGACCAAGUACGGGUCUAAGGUUUAUAUAAUCCACAGGAGGGACACGUUCAGGGCGUCGAAGAUCAUGCAGCAGAGGGCGUUGUCGAACCCUAAGAUUGAAGUGGUUUGGAACUCUUCGGUGGUGGAGGCGUAUGGAGAUGAGAGCGGGAAAGGCGUGCUUGGUGGUCUGAAGGUGAAGAACGUUGUUAGUGGUGAUGUGUCGGAUUUGAAAGUGUCUGGGUUGUUCUUUGCGAUUGGUCAUGAGCCGGCGACGAAGUUCUUGGAUGGGCAGCUUGAGCUUGAUGAGGAUGGGUAUGUGGUGACUAAACCUGGUACCACUAAGACGAGCGUGGUUGGUGUGUUCGCUGCUGGAGAUGUGCAAGACAAGAAGUAUAGGCAGGCCAUCACAGCUGCAGGAACUGGGUGUAUGGCGGCCUUGGAUGCAGAGCAUUACUUACAGGAGAUUGGAUCUCAGGAGGGUAAGAGUGAUUAGAGAAGAUGUAGGAGAAGGACCCAAUUAUAAGAAAAGCUAUUUCACCAAUAAAUGGUCUUUAAAACAAUCUGAGGGAUUCUGAGUAGAGUUUUAUUAUGUGCGUUUGCAGUUGGAGUUGAGUCUGGAUUGUGUGCCAAGUUGUAACUCUUUAGUAGUCACAGCUUGGACCAAAAUUGUUCUUGAUUUAUCCCUCAGGUGAGGGCUUUUUAGUUAAUUUGAUUAUGUUUUAUUCCA